AUGAUUCUCACCACUCUCCUAAGACUCUCGUGUGCCAUAUUGGCUGCGGCCUCGGCGAUCCGACACGACGCCAAAGACGUCGUCGAGCUCGAGGCCCGUACCGACCCCCUAGCCAUCUGGUUCGACGAGUAUGGUGCCUACCAGUGCGGUGACUUGUAUAUCUCGUGGACGGGGGGCAAACCGGGGUUCCGCGUUACGGCUGGAGCUUGGGACUUGACCCCAGGGUCAAAGUAUCCCUUCGUGCUCCAGGAGAACAUGUACCCCGUGUUCUUCAGGGAGUACAGGUGGCGCGUUGAAUACGCUGCUGGGAGCCAUAUCUUCGUCGCCAUCUACGAGACCGACACACAAGGCCACUGGAACGAGAAUGCCACAGUGGUGCGCAACGCGACCGUCCAGGGUCCGCACGGCACCGAGUGUGUGCUUCGACCCACACACUAUGAUGUCCCAAGCCAGAGUUCUACCCAGAGUCCCUCCCAAACAUCGGACCCCUCCCACACGCCGAGCCCCUCUGAUACGUCAAGUCCUUCCUACACGUCUAUCCACUCGACGUCGACGAUCGCGCCACCUUCCAAGUCAAAGCAUUCGAAGAAGCCCAAGAAGACCAAGACCUAG